CUUGUAAAUUCAGUGUUUAUAUGAAUCUAUAUAUCUAUAUACAAAAGAAAAAUUCCAUCAGAAUUUUGCACUAGUGUUACAAAGAGGAAAGAAAAUAUUUACAUUUGUGCAUAAUUUUUUUUUUGUGAUAUGGCAGCUUGGGCGUAAAAUUUCCGUUUCGAUUGGAACAAUCGACAAUCAACGCAACACGUAAAAAAAACCAACAAAAACAAAAACAAAAAAUUUCUUGAAAAAUCUGACGAUAGUUUAACUUUCGACAUUCUGAUGAGGAUUUUCAAAUAAAAUACAAAAUUUUACGUGAAAUUAUAAGAACAAACCAAUUUUCGGGAAUUUUGUCCGUCAUUCAACAGCUGCCAGUGGAGUGCACGCAGUGUGACCGUUCACUGGUCCGAUCAAAGUCGUUCUACUGCAAAUAAAUUGCGCGUUUGCUUGCAGAGCUUAUGAUAUAAUGUCGCGUACGUUGAGCCAAUUAUUUGGACGAUGCCUUUUGGGCCAGUCCUACGUGAAGCCCAUGCAGGCGAAUAGUAUGUUGAGAAAUCUGCUUAGUCCGCAGCCAAUGCAAUCGGCGUGCGGUGGACGCAUUGCAUCCUAUUCGAAACGAAACGGUCCACCACCGGAUGCAGGCGAACCCUUCAAAACCGUGUCCAAAUCACGCGGCGUUGACGAUGACGAUCUCAACAGUCUGGAGGAGGAACCCAAUUGGGAACUGACUUCCCAACGCCACAAUCGCUUCUAUUUACCGAAUGCCACAGGUCCCGCCUGGCAGGGCGAUACAUCUACAGUUGGCCUAUUGGAGCCGCUGGCAAAUUUAGUCAAUUUCUUCAAGGAUGUGAACGUAGACAAGUCACGCUUAGAAUUCUCAUGCUGCCAGUGUCCGGUGUUGAUACGUGAUUCAAUUUUCGAGCUCUUCCCAGUGCGUGCCAUCGGCCAAAAAGACUAUGCCAUAACACUUCUAACACUGAGCUACGAAGGCGACAUUGAAAAAGGUGCAGCAAAGUUUGUGCUCGCUGCCAGGGAAAUCAGUGACCGUUUACUCUCGUUGGGCUAUUGGGCAGACUUUCUAAACCCAUUCAGUGGCAGGCCAUACUUUUUACCUAGAGACGCCUCAGUAUUGUACAAACAAGACUAUCGCUUUCGUGGCCUCAAUAUGCGACUAUCCAAUCACAAUGACUGCGUCCUCAUAGCUGCCGAGGAGAACGACAGCGUUUACUUCUCGGGCACCAUAUUCUGCACGGCGCCCAACAACUACAGUCUGCUCGUGGAGCUGCUUGCGCCGGCAGAGUUUAAAAUUCGAUUCGAAGAUGUGCCCCAAUGACGCAGUGGAAAGCGACAUAUAAAAAUAUCAGUUUUGUAGUACAAUUUCAGUUUAGCCAACAAACUAUGGCCCGCCCCCACACAGCUCAGCUGAGGCUGGCCAGCGACAGAUAGCAACGCAGGAUGACACAAGUCCGUAGCCGUUCUCAGUGGUGACGAUGUCUUUAAAUGUCAAGUUUUUGUUCCUUGUCACAAAUAUUUGUGUACAAACUAUUUACACCCUCAUAAGUUUGUAAUACACGAAAUCAAAUACAUAUAUGUACAUGCGUAUAUAUGUAUAUGUAUAUGUAUAUAUGAAAUAUAUAUGUAUAUGUAUACAUGUAUAUAUAUAGACAGUAUAAGAUACAUAUAUAUAUGACAAUAUACGAAUGAGCUAAUUAUUUCUCUAA